AUGGUGCUUCUGCCCGACAACCUCGCUGCGAGCUACUCUGGCUCUGGCAGCGUCAUGUUCUUCGAUGGAUCCUUAAACAAUGACGGUAAGAGUGGAAGCAAGUCCGCUGGCUCAGACACCAUCGGGGACGAAGCGUCUAACUCGGCCUCGGGACACAACUUUGCAAUGGCGACGGCGCUGACCACAUUUACGGCUCUGUUCGCUCUUGUGAUGGUUUGA